UUAAAAAUAAUUUAUUACUAUCAUUUUAAAAAUUUAAUACCCAGAUGCCACUUUGAGGGGUCCCCAGUGUGGGGUGCUGAGGGAAGGUUCCAGGAGCUGGUGAGGGCCUUGGGUGCAGGCUCUGACCUGCAGCUCUUCACCAGCAGGGAGGGGGACGUUCUAGGCGGUGUCCCCUGCCCCCCCGUGCCAACUGCUGCCACCUGAGAAGCGUGGCAGUGUGGUGGACCGUGCCCUCUGACCUGCCCUGUUCUUAGUUGGGGAGCAGUGGAGGUCAUGGCACCCCCCCUGCACCCACAGUUUACAUCGUGCACAGGCGCUGGCCCGGCCUCAGGGCCUGUGGGUGCGAUGGGGCAGGCCUCCCUUCCAUUUGCAAAGGCGGGUGUCUCUUUCCGACAGUGGGCAGGACCCCUUAGUGUUAGUGAGAAGGAGCCUAGAAAAUUCAGGACUUGAUAUUCAUUGAACAUCAGAAUCUCCUCAGGUAUGGAUUCUAUGCAAGAGUCUUUCCUCAGGAGGACAGCCCCGAGCAGUUAUGAGCACAGAGGAGUGAGUUGUGGGGAGCCAGAUUCCAGCUGCGGUGCUAGCAAGUGGGGCUCCCUUGGGGACACCCUGCAGAGCCGGAAUCCAGGGAGUGAGAUCUGCGUGUGUGGUGGUCGCUUUUGUGCUGGGCCCUAUUAAAAUUCUGGAAACGGCUGAGUCUUCCCUUUCUCUUUGGUGGGACCACCCUAAGUUAGUGAAUAUUUUGUCUGUUUUAUGUUUGCGGCAUGAUUUGGACAGAGCUGUGACAGGUGGCUACUCCCCCAGAGAAAGCUGUACAGCAAGAAUGGUAGCUAUUUCCGAGUGGCCUACGCAGUGCCGCUGGUCCCCCAUCAGUGAGAAGAGCCAGCUGUGGCAGUCAGUGCCUCUGCGUGUCCCCCACAUUCUUAGCCCUGCUUCUACCCCCAGAGAUCUCAGGAGCCCCACCCACCUGGAAGUUACUGGCUUUCCAAGUGUAACCGUCCUGGCCCAGCAGUGGGUUCAUACCCUCCGCAGGUGUUACAGUCGGGUGAAAGAACAUGGUGUUGGGAAAAGAAAGAGCAGUUACACAUUUGAACAGUUGGAACAGGUGUUUGGUCAGGGAGGAUGGGAUGCCCAGCCCUGCCAGCCUGUCCUUAUUAACAGUAGUGGCUUGUACCAGGAGCUGGAGUCAGACGGCAGCACUCUGGAGGACUGCUCACAGGAGGACUGGGGAAGCCACAGUCAGGAGCUACAUGGCUGCCCCCCAGACCAGGACCCGGAUGAAAUACCUGUCACAAAGAGAACAUUAAAAAUAAAACAGGAGUCUUCUGAAGAAGCUCAGAAGAGAGACGUCAUGCAGAAUAUUGUCCAGAUUUUGGAAUCGGUGCAGCUGAAAUGGGAACUGUUUCAGAGCUGGACAGACUUUUCGAGGCUCCAUCUUUCUAAUAAACUGGCCAUCUUUGGAAUCGGCUACAACACCCGCUGGAAAGAGGAUAUCCGUUACCAUUAUGCUGAGAUCAGCUCCCAGGUGCCCCUGGGCAAGCGGCUUCGGGAGUACUUCAACUCCGAGAAGCCCGAGGGCCGGGUGGUCAUGACCCGGGUGCAGAAGAUGAACUGGAAGAACGUCUAUUACAAGUUCCUCGAGAUCACCAUCAGCGAGGCCAGGUGCCUGGAGCUGCACAUGGAGGUCGACUGGAUCCCCAUUGCCCACUCCAAGCCGACCGGUGGGAACGUGGUGCAGUACCUGCUGCCGGGAGGCAUUCCUAAGAGCCCGGGCCUCUAUGCCAUCGGCUACGAGGAGUGCACUGAGCGGCCCCCCUCGCCCGCCCUGGAGCGACGGCCGCUGGGCCCAGGGAAAGAGGGCCGGGCCGACCUGGAAACGCUUUCGGCACAAGCCUCAUCGCAGGUGGAGACGGAGCCUGCCCUCAUCACCUACUGCUACCUCGGGAUUGCCGAGGUCCGGACCCUGCAGCAGUGCCUGUUCUUACAUUUCCAGGCAAACACCAAAACCUUCAGUAGAGAUUGGGUCGGCGUUAAUGGGUUUUUGUCUCAGAACUGCAUCGUAGACCCCGGCGUCUCCCCUAAGCCCAUCUAUAUCAAGUUUGUGGAAGUAGAGAGGGAUUUCCUUUCUGCGGGCUCUUUAGUUGAGUGCCUGGAAAAAGCCAUCGGGUACCCCUUAAAGUUCAACAACUGAGUGUCGCACCUCACAGGGUGUGGGCCCUCCACACUCCCCAUCACCAGACAGUCCCUUCCUCAGGCUGCCCUGGGACUCCUCAUGGGGCAGUUCCCGCUCCGGGCCAGUGCAGCUGCUAAGGAGUCGGAGUGGACGUUCGGCAGAACAGCCCUCCCCUGAAAAUGCUCGUUCCGAGCGACCAAGACACAGGAUGGACUCAUACGGUGGGGCGGCUGGUUCUUUUUUAAUAACAAAAACACUUUAUCAGUGGGUUUUAGAGCCCCGUUUCAAACGUAGGUACAUUCCAUAUUGGACAAAACUUACACUUUGAGUUUCAUAUGAAAUUGAAAAAUUGUAUUUUUUCCACAGUAUUUCAUUUUUACACAUCUCUAUAUAAGUAUUAUUCACAACUCUGAAUAAAUAAGCACUAGCUAAUGGUAAGUUGAAUCUUGCGUCACAGUAAGACUUUUUCAGCAUCACUCUUAGCAACCAUUGUAUAUGGCUCAGCUCCAUUUUUUUCACCAAGUGUUCUGACAUCCCCAUCGUGUUGCCUGCGAAGACCUUUGUUUCUGUGAUGUACAACUUCAUGGCUGUGUUGCCAUUUGAACUUUUUCCUAAAAAGGAAGAUUAAAAUGACUUUCGGGGUCCUGGUGGAGGUCGGUGUGGCAGGACGGGGCCGUGCUCAGCCGCGCGUGGGGGAGGUGCUCUGGGAGGAGCAUUGGGCAGGGCAGGUCCUUCCUCCACGUCGUGCUCUGGCUCCUGGUGGCCAGGGUCAUCUGUCCGAGUCCCAGAGACCCUGGGUGUCUUACUGUGUUUUUAAAGGAAGGGCGGGCCCGCCCUGACCCUCAGUGCAUCUCUGCCUUUACACUCGGUGUCAGGGCUGCUUGCCGUCCCUGGAGCCCAGCAGGGGCGUCCAAGGCAUACGUCUGAAUCUGCAGGAGAAGGUGCCGGUGUCAGUCCGAGGAAGGUAACGCAUGUUCAGAUCUUCCAGCGACUCCAUGUGAGCUUGCCGCCUCUGGCUCUGAGUGGACUCUCUUGGCCGAGGACAGGGACGCUGGGCUUACAGCAGGCGCUCGGGAGCUAGGUCACCUUGAAUGGUGCCCCGGCCUCUCAGGGCUCUCCUCUAAGUGGGCUGCAAACCAGGUAAGCACUAAAGUGAAAAAGGGGUCUCGAAUGUACGUGGGAGGCAAAGUAGACCAUGGCGAAUACACGGGUAAGAGUAACGUGAGAGGCAGGCAGCCACAAUCCUAGCUGAUAACACUGUUCCUGAGUGCCCAGACCGGAGAGAAGGUGCAGAAUGGGAGAUUCUCCUUUGGCCGUUGCUUGGUACAGUCUCAUUUCCAAAUCAUGUAUAGUCUUUAUAAUUUCUGAGGAAAAGAAUUAAAGUACUCUUUUUAU